AUGGCCACCAUUGCAGAGAUUUUGGCAGAAGGUCAAGGCAUUCGCUUGUUUAAUAAGUGGAGUUACGACGAUGUUGAAGUCAAAGACAUUUCUUUAAUUGACUACGUUCAAAUAAAGAGUCCCGUUUACCUGUCUCACACUGCUGGAAGAUUCUCUGUCAAGCGUUUCAGAAAAGCCCAA